AUGGAAACACUCCAGCUUUCCAUGGUCCUCGCCGACCUGAGCAACCUCGGCGCGGCUGAGCCCGAAGCUGCCGCCGCCAUUGUCAGCGCCCACAAAGCGGCACCAACCGAUAUUCACGAAUCCCCAAGCGCUCCCACGAACCAGCAGCUGAAGCCCCCCCGACCAUCAUCAGCACUUCAGCGCGCCUGGUCCAGUGAUGGAAUGAAAGUGGACAAGUUCGGUCGUCGCAUUAUGAUCACCCCGCCAAGCCAUUCCAAUGCCAACACGGCACCUGGCACCCCACGACACGGUGAGCCUGAGCGUCGCCUCGAUGACGACCUAGAACGCGCCUCAACGCUCAUGGCCCUCUACGACAUCCGGGCCAAGCUGAAGCAGCAGGACAAUAUGAGCCUCAACAGGGCUCGCGAGAAGAUUAACUCGCUAGCUGCGAAACAGCAAGCUCACCAAGCGGCCGAGCGUCAGGCCAAGGCGGCGGAUCAGCUGCGCAAGAACCGCUACUCGUUCCCCAAGCCAGGCUUGUAG